AGAUGGUGGAGGGGGAGACUUGUAGUAGUAUGGCGGUGGGGGUGAGGGCGAUGGCGGUGGUGGAGAGUUGUAAUAGUAUGGCGGUGGAGGUGAUGGAGAGGGUGGAGGGGAUGACUUGUAAUAGUACGGUGGUGGAGGAGAGGGCGAUGGCGGGGGCGGAGAUUUAUAAUAGUACGGUGGCGGAGGAGAUGGUGAAGGCGGUGGAGGAGACUUAUAGUAGUAAGGUGGGGGCGGAGAAGAGUAAUUAUAAGGAUCUCCCGAUACCGUACUCGAAGCGGCCAACACAACCAGCGCCACUAGGAGUCGCGGCGGUAGACGACCUCUCUCCGGGUCGCCGCCGCCGUGAACCACCAUUAUGCCCCAAGAAAAAUGCGCGCACCACUAAUAGUUAGUUAAGCAGACUUAAAAUUGCUACACUUAAAAGGCACACUUAUAUAUAUCUACAAGGCCUUGGAACCUAAGCAUGCAUCUUAGGUGAGUGAGUAGUGGUGAUGACGAGAGAUAUCCCCAUACCCAAACUAUUUAUAGUGAAAAUAUCGUUCCAAGUAGUUGUUGAUAAGAGAUUAGUUUUAAGGGUAGGGACAUGGAGAAGGUUGGAUAUGGUGAAUAUACUUGUUUGUGUGGAAACCUGACCGGAGCCAACAUGAGAGAUUGGGUGAGAUUGACACCAGCAGUAGAAACAAAAUUGUAGCCGUAAU